AUUAAGACCGCCUCCGGUCGACCUCGGCUCAAGAUGCGUACGCGCAGAACACUCGGUCUCACAUCAAAAAUCAAACGUAGUACAUAUUAUAUUUUUCACGGAUCCGACUUAAUCGAGUCACAAUUCAAAAAUAGGUGACUCGACUUAAGAUUACCACUUUUGAGUUUAUUAAUAAAAUGUUCGUGAAGUGAAACGAAGUGUAAUUCGAAUAGUGGUUACGGAUUUAUUUUACAAAAUGAAGUUCACUAUAGACGUCCUUGGGAUUUUUCUAAAAGUAGUCAUUAAGAUAAACAAAGUGACGUUUGCGCCGCUGGUCGUGUCGACACUGUUCAUCCUAUUGACGUCGCUGCUGGCCCACUGCGCGCGGAGACUGGUGCAGAGGGUAGUAUCAGAGCCCACCGUGAGAUUGCUGCUAGAAGAGUCCAUAGCUGCUGCUGAGCUGUGCGGUUGCUGCUUCGAACUUAUCGUUGUUGCAGACAACUUUGGAGUGGCUACGUAUGCAGUGUUCCUGUUUGCGCUCACCAUCUGGUGGUCUUUGAAUUGGGGAGAGGCCACUGCCUGCCCUUACACGCACAUCGAGGAUGUCAUUGAAGGCAAAGGCGACGUCAGAAAAUCUUUGUUGAAGACCGCGGCGGAGCUCAUCGGAGGAGUCAUGGUGUUCAAGUAUGUCCAAAUGUAUUGGGCACUUGAGAUCUCAGAAACUCACAAGGACAAAGCCUACGAAGAGUGUAGAGCAGACUUACAGGUGCCAGUUCUCUACGGCGCGGUGGUUGAAGGUAUAGCCACCUGCCUCUGCAGGCUGGCUUCAAAAUCGCUGGGUGAUCUGAACCCUCGAUUUGCAACGGCCAUUGACUCCUUCAUUGGCACUUCCCUUGUCGUCGCUGGGGUCCUAACUAGGCAUAAGGUAUUUGUCUACCGGUAUCAAGACAAUAGUGCCAAUGCGGACCUAAGCGUGUCCAUCUUUUGCAAAAUCCAUUUAGGAAAAGCUUUCGACUACUCAGGUGGUUACUUCAACCCCGUUCUGGCGACUUCCCUCAAAGCUGGCUGUGAAGGGCAUACCUUGUUGGAACAUGCUGUGGUCUACUGGAUAGGUGCCUGUGCAGGCUCUGUCUUGUCCGUCUACAUGUACAAACUACCAGCUGUCCAGAAAUAUAUCAGGGGCACUACCGAGGUCAACGGUGACAGCAUUUGGGCCGACAAGGAAGACUAAGGAAUUUUUAUCUUUUUGAAGUAUUAUGAAUCGUUUUAAUUAAUUCUCCUUCUUAUUAUUACCAGUCCAUGUGAAGUUUGUGGCUAAGCAUAUACCUUUUGUCAUUGUACAAAAACUUAAAAGCCUGAUUCUUCUUCAUUUUUGAUUUGUUAUUGAUUGACUGCGAAGUUUAGAUCUGUGUUAAAAUAAGAUUAUUUUAUCCUUCGGGAUAGAUAUAAGUCUAGUCAUUUUCCAGAAAGUUAAUUUUAAGUUUAUUUUUCUUUUAUGUAAAAAUUGUUUUAUGAACAUGAUUAUUUAUUUUGAAACAUACCUUGAACGUUUUGCACUUGCCAAAUGGUUUUUAGAGAUUGAAUCAAAUUGUUUAUUAAAUCUAUCAGUUAUUUGUUGAUAUUUCCAUUUUUACCAACAUCUUUUUAUAAGUAUAUCUUAAAAUUAUCUGUUUUUUCGGUUACCCUAUCCUUCAGUAUUCUUUGUAUAAAAUACCUUCUUUUAAAAUUUUCUUCCAAAAAAUAUAAUAAGUGCUACGUAUGUCCUUUGUAAAUAAAGUUGUUU